GAGCUGUCGCGCAGCGGUCACACUGGUUAAAAAAGCUUAAAAAAAAACACUUGGCAAAAUUCAGAUAAUAAACAAAAUCAAAAAUAGUUGAAUUUCGAUAAAGAUGGAAUACGAAAGUGUGCUAAUCGUAAAGCCGGAGGUGUUCAUCUACAAAAUACCGCCGCGCGCGAGCAAUCGAGGCUAUAGGGCGGCAGACUGGAAUCUGAAGGAGCCAACAUGGACAGGAAGGAUGCGACUAGUGGCCAAAGGCACCGCCGUCGUCCUGAAGCUGGAGGACAAGACCAGUGGCGCCCUGUUUGCCAACUGCCCCAUCGACACAUAUCCCGGCGUGGCCAUCGAGGCGGUAUCGGACAGCUCGCGGUACUUUGUCAUCCGGGUACAGGACGAUAAUGGACGAUCGGCAUUCCUCGGACUGGGAUUCGGGGAUCGGUCGGACUCGUUUGAUCUUAAUGUGGCGCUGCAGGAUCACUUCAAAUGGGUGAAAAACCAGGAGCAGAUCGAAAAGGAGAAAACGGAGCCCAAGCAGGAGCUGGAUCUGGGAUUUAAGGAGGGCGAGACUAUCAAGAUUAACAUGAGGAUAACGAAAAAGGAUGGCUCCGAGGGACCCUCGCGCACUGGCAAGAAUAAGGGCUCCUCGGGCGUUUUGCCACCGCCGCCGGGUGGCCUCGGCAAGAUCGCUCCACCACCGGCCGCCGCCGCAGCCACGACGGUACGGCAAAGUCCCGGCGUUUCGCCCGCCCACAGACCCGCCGCUGGAGGAUCCGAAUGGACCGACUACGCAUCCGCCGGUGGCAACCAAGGACAACAGAACUCGGCCAACGCCAACUGGGUGCAGUUCUAAAUAGACAUCCUUCUGUUCCUGCUGCUGCUGCGCUUCUACCCCCAAAACUUUAUGUUUUAAGACUCUACAGAUGUUUUUUUUUAUUUACCAUUUGCAAGCAAGUUAUUCGAAUUAUUUUCGUUUUGAAUACGACCAAAAGAUUGAACAGAACAUUCAGCAAAGGCGUCACGCGUUAAAGUUAAAGUUUUUUAAUUAAAUUGAAAUUGUGUAUUAGUUUCCCCGCCCACCACUCGCCCUCUUUCUCUCUCUCUAUCUUUGCAUCUCGCUCUAAUUGGAAGAGAAAGGUGAAAGUGGGCCGAGUUCUCAGUGGGUGGGGAUUUGUAGCAAACUAUUUAGCCUGGUUGUUAAUUGUAUAAAUGAAAAUAACGAUAAUUUGUAUGGAAAUUAUACUAAAAUGUAAUUUGUUAACGUCGAGAUAAUGCAACAAAAAAAGCAAAUUAAGUUUAAAUCAAGUUAUACACGAACACGAACACUGCAAAAACUAAAGUGAAAUAUUCAAAGUUUGAGUACUUACACACGACAUACACACACGUGAAAGGACAUUCCGCAGACGAGAGAUAGGACGCAUUACAUACCAAUUCUAAUUUAUUGUUAACUUUACUACAAAUUCUCCCCGAUCAACUUGUUUCACAUCUACCUUAUAUGGAAUACAACAAAUUAUACAGAUCUAUCACCCUGUUCCUGUUUUUGAAUUCAAUCAAAUUAUUUGGAAUCGAAAUUUAUUUAUUUUAAUAGAUAUAUAUAUUGUAUCCGUUGAACUAUGUUUAUACGUACGCCUUAUUUACAAAUUGAAAUGUUUUAAUAGUAAAAAAAAAGGAGCUCCAAUAUCGCCACUGCUGACUAUCGAAAAGUAUCUAUUUACAAAUUUCAACAUAGUAAAGAAAAUUUUCUUUUUGCUUAAAGCUAAUUUGAUUCAUUUUGGUUCCAGAAAAUUUGAAAGAAGCAAAAUUGGGAACAAGGCAAUAUAUAUUUUUUUUUUUGUUUAAAAGUGGCACACACACAUGCAUAGCAAUUAAGUAAAUCAAAUGAAUUAUAUAUAAUAUACAAUAUGAAGAAAUAUCCAUAUGUAUUUAAUAAACCACAUAAUUGUAAAGAAGGAAA